AUGGCUGCAGCGUGGCUCGUCACCUGGGGGCUGUUCCUGGCCACCGGGGUCCCCGCCGGGGCCCGGGGGACGCUGUCAGUAGAGCUGCCGUCGGACGGGACCCCCCAGCAGGGCAGGGUCCCCCUGCAUGCCCUGUCCUGGGGACACCAGCAGCCGGUCCCGUCCCCUGCCUGGGACGCCUCGGGGGAGUUGAGCGGUGCUGGGACCCCCGACAGUGAACACUGGGGGGGCGGCAGCCCCGUGCGCUGGUCCCCGCUGCCACAGCCGGAGGCUGUCACCGGGGCACCCUGGGGGACAGGGAUGAGCCUGGCAGGCAGCGCAGCCCCGGCCGUGGUGGAGGAGCCCUUCAUCGCCUGGCGAGGAGGGGAGGCUGAAGGCCAGGACAGCCCCUGGGGGGGGACAUGGCUGCCCCAUGGCUCUGCACUGGGGACGCCGGCCCCCAAGGUGCCCACGGACACGGGGCCAGGCUCCCCGGGGCCACCCUGGGCUGGGCAGGGAACGUCCCCAUCCAGGCACAGUGCCACCAUGCCAGCCAGGACCCCUGGCCCCCGGCCGACCGUGUCCACCAUCGCCCUGACCCCCGAGCCGUCAGGGGGGACCAGGACGGGGACAGCAGAGGCGCACACACGGGGACAGCCAGCAGCCCCGGGCCCCGCUGGGGAAGUGCAGGAGCUGCGGGGCCCCCCCAGCACUGCCCCUCCAGGGGGCCGGGGGGCCCCGUCCUGGGAGCUGGUGCCCGAGGUGGCCCAGGAGGGCAGGGCUGAGACGUGGACCUGGGCGCUGCCUGCCCACCAGAGGAGCACGCGCAGGGCCCCGCUCAGCAACGCCACCGCCGGGGACACGGCAUCCGCCAGGCCAACGGGGCUGCAGGGACCCCAGCCCACCCCAGGGGCUGCCCUCGGCACCAGCCCCACACCGCUGCCCAUCUCCAGCACGGCCCCCCCGGGCCCUCCCUAUGCAGGGCUGCUCCCUGAGCAGGACGUGGGCUCCCCGCAGCGGGUCCGGGGCGCCGUGGGUCCCGGGAGCAUCCCAAAUGCCACCGUGCCUGCCCCACAGCCGACAACCCAUCCCGUGGCAGGGACAUCCCCCGGGACCAGGCGCCCAGACACCUUGGGGACGCAGCCCCCCGCCGCCAGCACCACCGCGUCCCCCUCGGCCACGUGGCGGCGGGGAGUGGUCUGGGUGACGACGCAGCGCGCCCCGUGGCGUCCCCCGCCACCGGAGCCGGAGCCAGAACCGGAGCCCAGCCACCCGUCACCGGGUGCCAGCGCCUGCCCGGGGUCCUCGUGCGCCGACGGGGGCUCCAACACGACGGCGCUGCGCUGGGCCGAGCUGCGCCGCCCGCUGCGCCUGGCCUGGGCCGCCCACGCCUACGCGGUGGCCGCGCUCUGCCUGCUGCUGGGGCUGGGCUGCCUGGCGGGGCUGGGGGCGGCCGCGGCGCUGCGCCCACCCCACCUGCCCCUGCUGCUGGGCGCCCAGGGGCUGCUGCUGGCCGCCAGCCUCCUGCGGGCCACCCUGCUGCUGGUGGACCCCUACGGGGCGCGAGGCCGCCUGCCGCCCCGCGCCCUGCUGCUGCUCUGCACGGCCCCCUUCCCGCUGCUGCUGGCGGCCUUCGCCCUGCUGCUGCGCCGCCUGCAGCGCCUGGCACAGCUCCGGCUGCUGCCCAGCCCCCUGGGGGGGCUGCCGGCGCUGGGGGCCGCGGCCGCCCUGCAGAGCGGGGCGCCGGCUGCCGCCGACCUGCUGUGGCCGCGCUUGGGCCUGGCCGCCGGGCUGGCGCUGCACGGGCUGGGUUGCGCGGCCGGGGCGCUGCUGCUGCUGCUGGGGGGGUUACGGGGGGGCUGGCGGGCGCUGCGGGCCUCCCGCCGCGAGGGGCCGGGGUUACGGCGAGGGGCGCGGGCGCUGCUGGCGGCGGGGGCGCUGGGGCUGCCCUGCUGCGGGCUGCAGGUGUUCAGCGCCCUGUGGCUGCGCGGCGGCCUGGGGCCCCCCGGGCGCUGCGGCUGGCCCUGCUGGGCGGCGCAGUGCUGGAUGCGGGCCGGGGAGCUGGGUGCCGGGUUGGCCUUGCUGGCGGGCGCCGCCGAGCCCCUGUGGGGCGGCCGGCACGGCGACGCCGCCGGGCACUCGUGCUGGGCCAAGGCGGUGCGGUAUUUCUGCGCCGGGCGCAAGGCCCAGGCCCCCGAGUACCCCAACAACUGCUACGACCGCGCCGAGCGGGCGCCCACCGGCGACAUCUCCAAGAGCCUCAUCCGCAACCCGGCCGAGCAGCUGCCGCUGCGGGCGCUGAAGGACAGCAACGAGGCCCGGGCGGCCACGGCGGGGGGGGCAACGGGGCUCAGCCCCAAGUGUCCCAACGCGGUGGUGGCCGCCCGCGAGCGGGGCUCCUCGGCCUCCCUGGGGGACCUGGCCUUCCGCCCGCCGUCGCCCAUCGACCUCCGGCGCAGCAUCGACCAGGCGCUGUGCCGCCGGCACCUCCUGCGCGAGGGGCUCUUCGGGCGGCCUCGGCGCGGCUCCGGUGCCUCGCUGCACGCCGCCGCCGAGCCCCCCGGGCUGGCUCGCUGCACCUCGCUGACCGAGCUGCCGGGGCCUCGCGGGGAGUCCGUGGCCUCCGCCAGCUCGCUGGAGAGCUCCUCGCUGAAGAUCAGCUGGAACCCCUGGCGCCACGGGCUGUCCUCGCCCGACAGCCUGCCCCUGGAGGAGGCGCCCAGCCGGGCCCAGCUGCUGGCCCACCAGGAGCCCCCCGCGCUCCCCCAGCCCCCCGACUCGGAGCGCGAGGCCCGGCGCAGUUUCCUGGCGCUCAGCAAGCAGGUGGACGCCCGCAGCCUCUCCAGCGACACCAUCGAGCUCUGAGAUGCUGCUCUGGGAGGGGGCGCGGGGCCGGGCAGAGCCGUGUCCUGUCCUCCCCCCCCGCCCCACAGCCCACACCGGGGACCCAGCGGGAUGAGCCCCACGUGGGCCCGAUCCUGCACCCGGUGGGAAGCGGGAGCUGUCCUCGGCUGGCUCCGUUUGUGCCAAAACAGAGAAAUAAAGUUUAUGUCC